UAAAUGGUUGUUACGGUUCUUUGAUGGCAUCUUCUGUGUAACAGCUGAAGCGUAUUUUAGCAAAACACAUAGGGUUUGAACUCCGAAGUCUGGUAUUGUGUGAUUUGCAGGCAGCUUUACACUAGAAUCUUCAUUUCUCAUCUAUGGCUUCCUUGAGGAACUUAAUUGGGGGGUACUCUUUAAUUUGUGAAGGGAAACUGGAUUUCGGUUCUUUUUGCAUUCAAAGAACCAUCAUAGAUGUCGUAAACCUGGUGUUCCUCUUUGUUUUCUAUCCUUUGUUUGUAUGUUCUGUCGGAAAACAGCACCGUAGAGUUGUUAACCGGAAGGACAAUAUCUCCAUUGUUGUAUCCAUUUGUUGUACUCUUGUUAGUGUUCUGCAUCUUAGUGUUGGUUUGUGGAAUCUAAUAACAAGAACUGAUGGAUUUAAUAGCUUGGCCUGGUUGGUUGAGCUUGACAGGGGAUUGAUUUGGAUUUCAUUAUCAGUUUCAUUGCUUGUUCGAACAACGAAACCGGUUAAGAUUCUCGUCUUCGCUUGGUGGGUGUCGUUCGCAUUAUUGGUUUCUGUUCUUCAUAUCGAGGUUCUAUUUAGAACACACCGGAUCGAAAUAUUCGACGUUGUUCCAUGGCCGGUGAACAUCUUGCUGCUAUUUUGUGCCUUUAGAAACUUUAUUGAUUUGAGCAAGGAAAAUGAGAGUCUAUCAGAACCUCUAUUGGAGGAAAAGGAAGAAAAAGAACAGAUUGAACUUUGUGAGACCAAUUUCUUUAACAAAUUGUCAUUUUCUUGGAUUAAUCCUUUGCUUUCAAGGGGUUAUUUGAGACCCUUAACCCUUGAAGACAUCCCUUCCAUUAGUACAGAAGAUGAAUCCAAUGUGGCAUACCAAAAGUUUGCUUAUGCAUGGGAGUCGCUUACAAGAGACAAAAGCUCAAAUGAUGGGAGAAACCUGGUUCUUAGGGCCAUAACAAAAGUGUACUUUAAGGAGAACAUAUUUAUAGCAAUUUGUGCAGUUUUUAGGACAGCUUCAGUUGCAGCACUGCCUUUAUUGCUCUAUGCUUUUGUAAGUUAUUCGAACCAGGAAGAGGGAAACCUGCUGGAGGGUCUUGUUUUACUAGGAUGUCUCAUUGUUUCAAAGGUUGUCGAGUCGUUGUCGCAGAGGUAUUGGUUUUUUGCUUCGAGGAGGUCCGGAAUGAGGAUGAGAUCUGCAUUAAUGGUGGCAGUAUAUCAGAAGCAGCUGAAGCUUUCGAGUUUAGGAAGGCGGAGACAUUCUGCAGGGGAGAUUGUGAAUUACAUAGCAGUAGAUGCUUAUAGAAUGGGAGAGUUUCCAUGGUGGUUUCAUUUGACUUGGAGUCUCGUAUUGCAGCUUUUCAUGUCUAUUGGAAUGCUUUUCUCAGUCGUUGGUGUCGGUGCCAUACCCGGCAUAGUCCCUCUUGUCGUAUGCGGAUUCCUUAAUAUGCCAUUAGCGAAGAUUAUACAAAAAUUCCAAUCUCAAUUUAUGAUCUCACAAGAUGAGAGAUUGAGAGCCACUUCUGAAAUAUUAAAUAGCAUGAAGAUCAUCAAGUUACAGUCCUGGGAGGCGAAAUUCAAAGGUUUGAUCGAAUCCCUACGUGGCAACGAGUUCAAAUGGCUUUCUAAACAACAGUUUGUGAGGCCUUAUGGCACCGUUUUCUAUUGGAUCUCUCCAACCAUUGUUUCUUCAGUUGUCUUUAUGGGAUGUGUUCUAUUACGGAGUGCCCCAUUGAAUGCUGGAAUCAUUUUCACAGUCCUUGCAACUCUAAGAACCAUGGCAGAACCUGUUAGAAUGUUACCCGAGGCACUUGCGAUUCUUAUACAAGUCAAAGUUUCGUUCGACAGAAUCAAUGCUUUUCUGCUUGAUGAUGAACUCGGGAAUGAUGAAGUAAGGAGAUUUCCCCUGCAGAAUUCUGAUAAAAGUGUAAUAGUAGAAGCAGGCAAUUUCAGUUGGGUUCCUGAAAUAGCAAGUCCAACGCUUAGAAAUGUUGAGUUGGAAAUAAAAAGAGGGCAAAAGAUCGCUGUUUGCGGACCUGUCGGGGCAGGAAAAUCCUCAAUCUUGUAUGCAAUGCUGGGAGAGAUACCGAAACUUUCAGGAACUGUUCACAUGUUUGGAUCCAUUGCCUAUGUUUCUCAAGUUUCUUGGAUCCAGAGUGGGACGAUUCGCGAGAACAUACUCUAUGGCAACCCAAUGGAUGCAGACAAAUAUGAUAAGGCGAUCAAAGCUUGUGCUCUGGAUAAAGAUAUCAAUAGUUUUGAUCAUGGCGAUCUCACGGAAAUAGGUCAGAGAGGGAUUAACAUGAGUGGAGGGCAGAAGCAAAGGAUUCAACUCGCUCGAGCUGUCUAUAACGACGCUGAUAUCUAUCUUCUUGAUGACCCUUUCAGUGGUGAUGCACAUACAGCUUCUGUUUUGUUCAAUGAUUGUGUAAUGAAAGCUCUAGAGAAUAAAACUGUCAUCUUGGUGACUCAUCAAGUGGAGUUUCUCUCGGAAGUUGAUAGAAUUCUGGUUAUGGAUGGUGGGCAAAUUACUCAAUCAGGAAGCUAUGAAGAGCUACUAAUGGCUGGGACAGCAUUUGAGCAAGUUGUGAAUGCUCAUAGAGAUUCCAUAACAGCGUUGGGUUCUUGGAACGAUGAAGGUCGAGGAGAGUCUCAAGGGAUAUCUCCUGAGAUGUCUAAUGUAUGUUAUCCAACUAAACAGAACAGUGAGGGAGAGAUCUCGGUGAAGGGUCCAUCUGGAAUACAAUUAACACAAGAUGAAGAAACGGAGAUUGGUGAUGUUGGGUGGAAGCCGUUCAUGGAUUAUGUUUCAAUCUCGAAAGGAUCUGUUUAUCUAUCUUUAAGCAUAUUAACUCAGUCUACCUUUGUUGUUCUUCAGGCUGCUUCGACCUACUGGCUGGCAUUUGCUAUUCAAAUGCCUAACAUGACCAACAGUAUGUUGAUAGGAGUUUACACUGGAAUUGCCACACUUAGUGCCGUUUUCGUGUUUUUUAGAUCCCAUUAUGCUGCUCAUCUAGGAUUAAAAGCUUCCAAAGCCUUCUUCUCUAGUCUCAACAAUGCCAUCUUCAAAGCUCCAAUGCUUUUCUUUGAUUCAACUCCUGUUGGGAGGAUUCUGACCCGAGCUUCAUCAGAUAUGAGUAUUCUUGAUUUCGACAUACCGUUCGGGAUAAUCUUUAUGGCAGCCGGUGCAACUGAAGUCAUGGCAACAAUUGGAAUCAUGGCCUCUAUUACAUGGCAAGUUCUCAUAGUCGCUGUUCUUGCUAUGGUAGCAGUAUACUACAUUCAGGGGUAUUAUAUGUCCUCUGCAAGGGAACUCAUAAGAAUUAAUGGUACAACGAAAGCUCCCGUUAUGAAUUAUGCAGCCGAGACAUCGCUCGGAGUGGUCACAAUAAGAGCUUUUAACAUGGUGGAUAGGUUCUUUAAAAAUUACCAGAAGCUUGUUGACAAAGAUGCCACACUUUUCUUUCUUUCUAAUGCAGCCAUGGAAUGGUUAGUUCUAAGGAUCGAAGCACUUCAAAACCUUACUCUAUUCACUGCUGCAUUUUUACUUCUCCUCCUUCCGAAAAACCAAGUCACACCAGGACUUGUUGGACUAUCUCUCUCUUAUUCUUUAACACUGACCGGCACACAAAUUUUCACAUCUCGUUGGUACUGCAGCUUAUCGAACUACUUGAUUUCGGUUGAAAGGAUAAAACAGUUCAUGUACAUACCUGAAGAACCUCCAGCAAUUAUAGAAGAUAACAGACCACCAUCUUCUUGGCCCUCUAAGGGUAGAAUAGAAUUGCAAGAACUGAAGAUAAGAUAUCGUUCGAAUGCUCCGUUGGUUCUUAAGGGAAUCUCUUGCAUUUUCAAAGAAGGGACAAGAGUAGGAGUAGUUGGACGGACCGGAAGUGGAAAAACUACGCUCAUAAGUGCCUUGUUCCGGCUAGUAGAACCUGCAAGUGGGAAAGUUCUUAUAGAUGGACUUGAUAUAUGCUCUAUGGGACUGAAGGAUUUGAGAAUGAAGCUUAGCAUCAUUCCUCAAGAGCCAACUCUAUGAGGCAGCAUUCGAACUAACUUAGACCCCUUGGGCCUCUAUUCAGAUGAUGAAAUAUGGAAGGCCUUGGAGAAGUGUCAACUUAAAACAACAAUCAGUGGUCUGCCAAACAAGCUGGAUUCAUCUGUGAGUGAUGAAGGUGAAAACUGGAGUUUGGGGCAGCGGCAACUCUUUUGCCUUGGGAGAGUUCUCUUGAAACGAAACCGAAUCCUGGUGCUGGAUGAAGCCACUGCGUCAAUAGACUCUGCAACUGAUGCCAUUUUGCAAAGAAUUAUCAGAGAAGAGUUCUCAAAUUGCACGGUGAUAACAGUGGCUCAUAGAGUUCCAACUGUUCUAGACAGUGACAUGGUCAUGGUACUCUCCUAUGGUAAAUUGCUGGAAUACGAUGAGCCCUCGAACCUGAUGGCGACAAACUCUUCCUUUUCUAAGCUGGUAGCUGAAUACUGGUCAAGUUGCAGGAGAGAUUCAUAUAAAAACUUUGGAAAUUAUCAGUGAUAUGAGCGAAUAUUGGCUUGAAAAUAAGAUCAAACAUGUAGUGUUAUUAUCAAAUAUAAGUACAUCAAGAAUAUAACCUAGCAACAUGCCACGAUGCAGAAAAA